AUGGCCAAAGUAGCUGUCGCCUAUACUCGUCCACCCUUCGAGGCUGGCGCGAAACCUUCCUUCUCCAUGGCGACGUUGAUGUCGAAUGAACCCAUCGCCGUUUCCAAUCCGCGAUCUGCAACCUCUAAUCCCAGUCCCGACCCUUUAUCUCUAUUCAAGCCUCAGCCCAAGCCCGACAGCCUGAGCUCCAUUGCCAGUGCUGGCCUACACGUCUCGCGAUCCAGCGAUCAACAACCUCUGAUGACGAGCCCGAUUUCAGUUCCGGCGGAUCGUCCGGAGCAGGAAAAGGAUGCGGAACAAAACAGUUCGCAGGUAGCCCGCGAGGCAUUAGGUGCAAGCGAAAAGUCACCGGGUGCCACAAUUCACGAAUCCUCGGUCCACGCAUCCCCCGAGCAAAUGCAAAUCGACCACGCGAACGGAUCACCGUCAGACCCUUACGGAUCAAACGAUCAUCACGGCUCAUUGAUGCACACCUCGACUGUCGCAAGCCCCGGUCCCAUUGAGGAAUCGACUUCUCAAGAUGGGGAUCGACGGCCUCGCGAUGAUUCAGAGAUCGACCAUGACGGCAAAGCAUUCUCGUAUCCGAUGCCGACCAUGAACGACCCGCGUCGUGGGUUGAGCCUACCUAAUACAGGCUACAAUCGGGGAAGCCCUCGCUCCCCAUCCGCCAAAAAACACCGUUGUCCCUACUGUGCGACCGAAUUCACGCGCCAACAUAAUCUCAAGAGCCAUCUGCUCACUCAUAGUCAGGAGAAGCCUUUCGUGUGCCAAACCUGCCAGUCGCGCUUCCGAAGACUGCAUGAUUUGAAGCGUCACACAAAGCUUCACACGGGGGAGCGACCGCACAUUUGCCCGAGAUGUGGACGUCGCUUUGCCCGCGGUGAUGCGCUUGCUCGACACAACAAGGGACAAGCAGGCUGCGCGGGCCGACGCUCUAGCAUGGGCAGCUUUGCUGCGGAUGAGGAGUACGGUGACGGCGGGGCUGGAGGACCAGAUGACAUGGAUGGCCUGAUGUACACCGCAGAGCCCGAGCGUAUGGAUGAGGAGGACGAGCGACGACUCAUGCCGAGCAUUCGCAAGCAUGAAUCCGACCCGGUCGCUCGAUCCGAUUCUAUCACCUCACGUCAGUCUAGCACCUAUCCACCGAUAGCGGCUGGUCGUCCUAGCCACCUCUUCCCACCUCCCGCCAACCAUGGGGGAACUCCAUCGGCAUCAUCUUCGCAGCCUGGCAACAUGACUUUCCCGCCCGCAGGAAUUACGUCUGGAACAUCCGCAUUCCCAUCCAAUAACAUCAGUGACAGUCCGAAACCUCUGUCUCCGAAUGCUUUGUCGUCGCAACAUGAUAAUGCACCGCCACAUCGCGCACACUCCCCCAGCAUGGGACAGUCUCUGCCACAUCCGCAGGCUUCAUUUGGGCGGGCCAAUUCAUCGACUAAUCACGCCCCUCCGACCCUCGGCCUGCCACUCCCUCAGCCAGGCGUCCCUCAACUGCCUCUGCCGCCUGGUAUGACCUCCCCUGAUGCCCGAUUCGGCAUACAGGCAGCAACCAAGCAUACGCCUUCGCACAGCCACUCCAGCACUCACAGUCUCUCCGCCUUCAAAGGUCCCGAGGCAGGCGCGCCUGAUGCCAAUUCAAACGACGCAAACCAGAUCGACAAACUUUGGGCACAUGUGCGAACCAUGCACGAAGAGAUGACGGGUCUUCGCUCUGAAGUUGCCGCUUUACGGGCGCACAUCGCAUCAACCAACUCAUCCGCGCCCCCGGCUCCGGUCGAAGUGAACCUCACCAACUCAGGGCGAUAA